UUUAAAAGUUUUCGAGAUUCCGGCGCGAUCGGUUGGGCUUACACCUGUUACCUGCUGUUACCUGUGUUUUGCCGUCGAUGUCGAUACCGUGCAUCGUGUUAACUUGCACCAGAUCUGUCAAUUAUCGUUUCCUCUCCCCCGAACCGGUGCAAAGUGCCCAGAAACCAAAAUCCCCAGCCAACAAAAGGCUUCAAAUAAUCCAGUUUGUUGGUUAAUCCAGUGCAGUGUAAUCAGUUUAAAAAAAAAAAGAACUUAGUUAAGCCUAAAAAAUUUGGAAAAAAUGUAAAUAAAUCCUACAACAAAUAACCGGAACUAAUCGCAACUAAAAUCCAAGAACCAAACUUUAAAAAAACACAACAACUCAUUUAAAUUCCUAACAAACCUUAAUUUACUUUUAAAACAAAAGCACCAUAAAAACUUAAAAAAAAAAGCCCCAAAGAAAACAGUUAAAAGAGCAGAAUGUCAUUGCUAACAAGAAAAGGCACAGAGACCAGAAAAUAAUUACGGGCCAAGAACAAUAAUAAUAAGCAACAUGACCGGCCUGUCAGCGGCCGUAGGAGGAGGAGGAUCAGGAAGAGUCAGCGGCCCGGAGGCUGUUUCUGGCCAGGUUGUAGAGGCCAGUGCCAGUGCCACCGCAAAUGCCACUGCCACGGCCAGCAUGGAGCCAGCGAUGGUGCCACGAACCGCCAAUUUGCUGGCAUGCAAACAAUGGUGGCGCGUCUGCUUUUUGUACGGCGACCAGCAGAAAUAUUAUCGACAGCUCUAUAGCAAGGCGGCGGCCCAGCGCCUGGCGGACGCUAAUCAGGAGCCCGACAAUAAGCCCGGCGAUCGGAAUCAGGACCGCGACUACGACACCGUCGGCUGCGAUCUUAUCAGGUCGCAAUUAGAUGCUGGCGAAGAUGCGGACGAUGGCAUUGAUCUGGGCGACGGUGCCCCCAAGGCGGGCAAGGGCAGCUCCUCUCCAGGGGCAGGGCGACCCCUCUUUCCGCUCUCCUCCUCCCCGCGACGCAGCAAGAAGCUUCUGCGAUCGUUGAGGGCGCACGUACGAGGCGAGAAGCCUUCGCUUCCACCUUCACCCGGGGACACGGAACAGACCCAGAGGAAUGCUCGCGUCACGGUGCUGGACGAUCCCUUUCUCUUCGGCAUCGAUGCCGAUCAUCUGGGCGAUCUGGUGCGCGGAAAGCGGUACGGUCCCCUCGAGGUCAGCGAGAAUGUGUCCAAGUUCUUUGCCGAUCAGGAGGGCACGGCCCAGGUUCUAGAGAUUAUCGAGCAAGAAGAGGAGAUCCUGCCGCCGCCGGAGCAGGACACUGAAAAGCCAGCCCUACCGCCCAAGCAGAAGCAGCAGAGGCCGGUGCCACCUCUGCCGCCACCGCCAGCGAAUCGGAUUACCCAAACCCCAAACCAAAAGCUAACCCCAGAGCCACCAAUGCGACCCCUGACCGCCGGCGAUCUACAGUUUCUGAACCUGAGCCUGCGGCAGAGGAGUUUACCGCGCAGCAUGAAGCCGUUUAAGGAUCCCCACGAUAUCAGUUUCACUUUCAACGAGCUGGACACGAGCAUCGCCACGGCAACAUCAACGGCAGCGGAAGUGGCUACCGGAGUCACUGCCGCCCAGCAGGAGUCAAAUGAGCCCAUCAGCCGGACGCCGCUGACGCAGAUCUCGUAUCUGCAGAAGAUUCCCACCUUGCCACGCCACUUUUCCCCGAGUGGCCAGGGCCUGCCCCCGGCUCCCGCCCUCGCCGGCUGCGGCCUGGGUCUGCCCAGCAGCUCAUCCGCCAGCGCCCUGUACGCGGCCCAGACUGCGGCCGGCCUGCUGCCCACCUCCCCACUGCCUCUGCAGCGCCAUCAGCAGUACUUGCCGCCACACCACCAGCAGCUGCCGGGACCCGGACCCGGUAACAUGCCCGGCGGAGCCUCCCCAAGUGGACUCCAGUACUCGCCCGGCAGCUCCACGAAUCCGAAGUACUCCAACGCCCAGCUGCCACCGCUCCACCAUCCUCCGCACCAUCAGAUGUCGCCCGCCCUGUCCUCUCCGUCGCCGCCAUCGCUGAUGCACCACCCUGCUGGCGGCACGUCCUCCGCUGGGGUACACCCUCCUUUCCUGGGCGGUCCACACAUGGAGAUGCAGCGGCAGUCUCACUCGGACGACGACAGCGGGUGCGCCCUGGAGGAGUACACCUGGGUACCGCCUGGACUGCGGCCUGAUCAGGUUCGCUUGUAUUUCUCGCAAAUACCCGACGACAAAGUGCCAUAUGUCAACAGUCCGGGGGAGCAGUAUCGUGUGCGACAAUUGCUGCAUCAACUUCCGCCGCAUGAUAACGAGGUUCGUUACUGUCACUCACUGACGGAUGAGGAGCGCAAGGAGUUGCGGCUUUUCUCCACGCAACGCAAACGCGAUGCCCUGGGCCGCGGCAACGUGCGGCAGCUGAUGAGCGCCCGACCCUGCGACGGUUGCGAUGAACUAAUUUCUACGGGCGACAUAGCCGUGUUUGCCACUCGAUUGGGUCCCAAUGCCAGUUGGCACCCAGCCUGCUUCGCCUGCUGCAUCUGCCGGGAGCUCCUGGUGGACCUCAUCUACUUCCACCGGGAUGGGCGUAUGUACUGCGGACGCCACCACGCCGAGACCCUCAAGCCGCGCUGCUCGGCCUGCGAUGAGAUCAUCCUGGCCGACGAGUGCACAGAGGCGGAGGGCAGGGCGUGGCACAUGAACCACUUCGCCUGCCACGAGUGCGACAAGCAACUGGGCGGCCAGCGGUACAUAAUGCGGGACGGCAAGCCCUACUGCCUUCACUGUUUCGACGCGAUGUUUGCCGAAUACUGCGACUACUGCGGGGAGGCGAUUGGCGUGGACCAGGGACAGAUGAGCCACGACGGCCAGCACUGGCAUGCCACCGACGAGUGCUUCUCGUGCAACACCUGCCGCUGCUCUCUGUUGGGUCGCGCCUUCCUGCCUCGCCGCGGGGCCAUCUACUGCUCCAUUGCCUGCAGCAAAGGAGAACCGCCCACGCCGUCGGACAGCUCGGGAACCGGCACUGGCACAGGUCUCGGCAUGUACACUUCAUCCCCCCGGCCACCGCACGCGCAGGCAGCUCCGCCAGCACGUAUUCCCAGCAGCCACGCCUCCAGCUCACCGCCCAUGUCGCCGCAGCAGCAACAGCAGCACCAGGCCAGCUUCAACCAGGCCAUGUACCAGCUGCAGAGCCAGCAGCUGGAAGCAGCCGGAGGUGGAAGUCUGUUGGGAUUAGGAGGGGAACUCUCCCUUCUGGACCACACCAAGCAGGGACACAGCUACGCCACCUCGGACUCUGAUGCGGGCGUGGUCAAGGACCUGGAGCACGGCCACCAUCCGGGCGGUGGGGACCUGACGGACUUUUCGGGCGGUCGCGCCUCCAGCACCUCGCAGAACCUGUCGCCUCUGAACUCCCCGGGCGACUUCCAGCCCCAUCUGAUGCCCAAGCCUAUGGAACUGCAGCGCGAUGGAGUGUACAACUUUAAUGAAAUGUCCUCCAAUCUGGACGCGGCCUGGCCCGCAAAGCCUCCGCUGGGUGCUACCCACAGCUACCAGUUGCAACGACAGCUAAUGGAGCAACCGCACACCUCCAGCUUGCCAGAACUGACAGGUCCGAUGCCGGGUCACAGCCAGGGACAGGGUCACCUGCAGCACCUUUCGCAUUUGCAUGCCUCUGCCCAGCAGUUCCAGCACCACGAGUACGCGGACAUCCUGCAUCCGCCGCCACCGCCUCCGGGAGAAGUGCCGGAACUUCCCACGCCCAAUUUGAGUGUGGCGUCCACUGCCUUGCCGCCAGAACUGAUGGGCUCACCCACACACUCGGCGGGUGAAAGGUCACUCAACACCCCCCUUUCCACGCAGUCGGCGACGCAAGCACCCAUGCAUCCGGUGUCCAUACUGAGCGGAGCAUCCUCAUCCUCCCCCAUGAGCGGAGAGCCGGGAAAGAAGAAGGGCGUACGUUUUGAGGGAAUCCCCGACACGCUGCCCCGAUCAAGGAGUUACUCAGGCAAUGGAGCUGGAACCAGCGGCAGUGGGGAGAGGGAAAGAGAAAAGGACAGGGACAGAGACCGCGAGAGCGGAGGACGUCAUGGCCAUGGUCACAAUUCGCGGAGAAGAAGGCGACGCAAGUCCUCUUCAUCAGGACAUCAUCGCAGCGGCAGUGGCCACAGAUCGCACUCCACCACUCGGGCGGACACCUAUGCUCCGGCACAGCCUUUGUCGUCCUCCUACCAAGGUCCUCCCUCCGCCCUGCAGUCUGCCAACUUGGCGCAGGAGAUGGAGGCCCACAAGUCGCCCAGCCGACAGCAGAGGGAGAGGGAGCGGGAAAGGGAGCGAGAGGAAUCCGAGGAGUCGGACGUGUGCUCCACUUGCUCCUCAAGCUCCUCCAGCUCCGAGGACUACAUGAUGUACCAGCUGCCGCAGAGGCGUCACUACGGAGGCGUGAGGGUGAGCUACGUGCCCAACGAUGCCCUGGCCUACGAUCGCAAGAGGAAACCCAGCGAAAUGGGCGGCGACAAGGACAAGAAUUGCAUCAUCUCGUGAUGCAACUGGCCGGCCGGAGGGCGUUUUAAUCAGAGCCCAGAACGCAGAAGGAGAUCCCAUCCAGAGUUAUUAAUGAGGUGCCCUGGGCAAAUCCAACUAGUGGCUAACAAAGUGGCCCACAACGCUCGCGGAGAUCAUCAAUUCUGCGGAGUGGAUGCCACUGCCACACGACAAAGCAAAAUAAAGUUCAACUUGACAUUAAGGCGACUACUAGUUAAGGUCUACACACACAUUGCAUAUGAGACUCCUUGGGAGGAGAAACCCUACAAUACGAGAAAAUCUGUUCCAAAUACACAUCCCUAGUUAAGCCAACUAAUGUUUCAACCUAUAUAUUUUUAUAGCAAGAGGAGAUAUUUUGGAGAUGAACCUAUUUAUAAAGUAUAUAUUUAUAUUUAUUGCAUCAACUAGGAUUAGAGAUUGCUUUAAGGCUACCUUUUACAUUCAGAGAUUUAAGUUCUUUGCGAGGACUUGCGAUUGGGCUAAUGAAACACUACAAUAAUAUAGAUUUAAGCCGAAAUACUGUAUGACAUUCAUAAGAAUAA